GGUUUUACACCGAGCACACAAAAACAAGCUCGCUCCUAAUUGGCAGCAUUUGACCUCUACUGAGCAGGUUUAGGCACUGCUGAUAUCGCACCGCUGCGGCACCACUCGCCGCUGGUCAGGCCCGCCAGAGCUGUAUUUGCUGCUGCCUCGCCGCGACCCAUGCCGAGGCCGCGGCUCCUCGUCGCCGCGCUCGGCUGCGCGACGGCGCUCCGACUGCCGUGGCGGCGGCCCGCGCCGCAACUCUUGCCGCCGGUGCCGCAGAUCUUCACGCCCGACGACUCGCGGCCAGUCGUCCUCUUCGACGGCGAGUGCAAUUUGUGCAACCGGGGCGUGAACCUGCUGUUGGACCGGGACCGCUGCGACGAUGAUGAGAGGGGCAACCUGCGCGUCGCGGCGCUCCAGUCGGGCGUCGGCCGGACGCUCUGCGCGCGGCUCCCGCCUGAUCAAUACGCGAAGGCCGUCGACGCGGAGACGGGCGCCUACAAGUCGAUCGUCGUCCAGGGCGCGCGCGAGGCGUGGGUCGGCUCGGCGGCCGUGCUGAAGAUCGGGCGCCAGCUGCGCGGGCCGCUCGGCUGGCUCGCGGCGCUUGGGAGUUUCGUGCCGCGGCUGGUGCUGGACCCGGCCUACGGCUUCGUCUCGCGGCGGCGGAAGCUCUGGUUCGGCGAGAGCGACCAGUGCCGCGUCUGGGACGACGACUGGGAGCAGCGCUUCGUCGACGACGCGGUCCUGCGCGGCGACCCGGGCUGACGGGGGCGGGCGGGCGUAGGAUCCUAUAUUAUCAGACCCCUCAUGGUGCCGUCGACGACGCGCCGCCUCGCCGCCACUACUGCGCCUGG